AUGAAUAGAAGAAGGCCUUGUUCAAGGAACCUCAGGAAAAGUGAGCAUAAGCCAGAGAAGACAUGUAAGGCCUUCAAGGAUAUUUCCAGACACUUCUCUAAGGAAGAAUGGACAAAGCUGAGUCCUUCAGAGAAAAUCACCUAUGUGUAUAUGAAAAGGAACUACACCACCAUGACCAGUCUAGGCCUCAGAGCCCAUCUCCCAGAUUUCAUGGAUUCCAAGGAAGAGGCCUCAAAACCUGUGCUCAGUGAAUCUGAUGAAGGUCGUGGCCAUGAGAGUCAAGGGCUCAAUGAAAGGGAUGUGAACAUUUGGAGCCAUAGGCUAAGGAAAAGGAAGAAGCCAGUGAUCUAUGAAGAGAUCAGUGACCCAGAAGAAGAAGAUGAUGAAGAAGAAGAAGGCUGGACCUACAGGAGAAAUAAGCCUGUGAUGUGAACAAGAACAUGAUGAGUAUCAGGAUUAUGAGCAAAACUGUGAAAUCCUAAGCAUCAAAAAGAAAAAUUCUCAGCAGUGAAUGUUAAGCAUCAUUUUACUUUUAUAUGGAAGGACUGUUUUGAACAUUGGUCCUACUAUGUGUCAGAUGUUAGCAUUGCUCUUGUUGUGUGUCCCUCUUAUAGCACUGAUCGUACUGUGUUUUUACUCUAUAAGUACUGCUGUUCUGAGUGUGUUCUAGGACCUCUCUUAACAUGUCUAAUUGUGUUAAGCACUUUGUUGCCAUUGUUCUUGUUUGUGCCAGUUCAUUAGCAUUCUUCUUCAUAUGUUCAAAGAAUUCUAUAAGCAUCACCAUUACUACAUUCCCUCUAUAAGCAUUGUCCUUACUAAAUUGUGAGCUGUAAGCAUUAUUCCCAUUUUUCUGUGAACUACUCUCACAGAACUGCUGUUGCAAGAUACCAAGAACUCUGUGAUCAUUUUUUUUUACUGUGAUAAG